AUGGCCAUCAGACUAGACGGAAAGGUUGCACUCGUUACCGGCGGCAGUAAUGGCAUCGGACGCGCGACGGUCGAGACGCUGGCGCGGUACGGCGCGCGCGUGCUCUCGAUCGACAUGGACAGCCCGACCAAGGCGGCGCCGCUGCCAGAGGGCGUCAUCUUUGUGCGCGGGAGUGUGACCGAGCCGAGUGUGUGGACGCGGGCGUUCUCAACGUCCAAGCUCACUUUCGGCGCGUACCCCUCCAUCCUCGUCAACGCCGCCAGCGUGCACCGCGGCGCGGCGCUCGCCGAGCUCCCACGACGAGACUGGGACGUCGUGUUCGCCGUGAAUGUGCACGCCGUGUUUCACGGAAUGCAAGUCUUCCUCAAGUAUCUGCUCAGCGAGAACCGCCAGGGGACCAUCAUCAACAUCUCUGACAUCUCCGGAUCCCAGCCCAUGCUCCAGGGCGUCGCGUACGAGGUCUCCAAGGCGGCCGUGUCGCAGCUCACGCGGUCCGCGGCGCUCGAGUACGCACAUCGCGGGGUACGCGUGAAUGCCAUUGCGCCGGGGGGUGUCAUCGCCGUCUCCCCCAAGUCGUCCGCAUUCGACGCGUUCGAGCCCGACGCAGCCUCGCACGACGUCCUCUCCAUGCUCGACAACACGACGUUCAACCGCUGGGGCUCGCCAGACGAGGUGGCGCAUGCGGUGCUGUACCUGGUGUCGGACGAGGCCGCCGCCAUCACGGGCCAGGUGCUCUGCCACGGCGGAUACGACCAGCCCCUGGGGCUCGUUUAG